CUCUUCUUCUCCCAUCUCCUUAUAAAUAUGUGUGAUCCAGUAUUUCCGUACAGCAAGAAAAGGAUAUCCACCAGUUAUCAUUGUCGCAGAGUAGGCAAACUACUUCAAACGAACCCUAAUGAAAGGGCGGUUAUAUACCAUCGUGGCGGCCAGGGAGCUGUGAGAGACGACACAGAUGUAGAAGUGGAUUUCAGACAGGAAAGCUACUUUUUUUAUCUUUCAGGUGUGGAGCAUCCAGGCUUUCAUAUCCUCGUCGACCUGUACAACGACACUAUAUAUCUCAUUCCUCCUACCGUGCCGGAUACUGAGAUUUUGUGGAAGGGUGAGCCUGACACCGCCAAGGAACUACUAGAGAUAUAUGACGCAGAUAAGGUCAUAGCAGAGGCCGAUGUACCUGCCCUUCUUCAAGUAUUGUGCCCUCAAGUAGUCUAUGUCUUGGACACAGUCGACACUUCGAUUAUAAAAGCAGCCGGUAUACAUGAAUGCCAAUUAGACAAGGUCUGCCUGAGAGUAGCCAUGGAUGAGUCUCGAUUAAUAAAGUUUCCGUGGGAAAUUGAGCAUAUUCGAUACGCUGCCCAAAUCUCCUCUCAUGCUCACAUGGCUUUGAUGCAACGUGCUCAAGCAGGACAACCAGAGUCAUAUUGUGAGGCUCUGUUCAGAUGGGUGUGUGCAAGGAAUGGAAUGCCGCGCCAGUGUUAUAUCCCUAUCAUUGCUUCUGGAUCGCGUGCAGCUACUUUGCAUUAUACUCGUAAUGACAAGACCCUUCCUGAAGGUGAGCAUGCAAUGCUACUCGUCGAUGCAGGUGGAGAGCGUUUUUGCUACGGUAGCGAUGUCACUCGCACAUUUCCUAUAUCCGGUCGGUUUUCUUCCGAAGCAAAGACUAUUUAUGAGAUUGUACUGAAAAUGCAAGAGACUAUAUUGUCUCAGUUAAAGCCAGGUGCAAUGUGGGCUGGUCUACACAACCUAGGUGUGUAUAUACUAUGCCAAGAGCUUAUUCGAAUCGGUAUCCUCGUAGGUGGGACUCAUGAAGAGCUCUUGCACCUUGGUCUUCCCAGAGCAUUUUACUUUCACGGUACUGGUCAUUCUGUCGGUUUAGAUGUUCAUGAUGUAGGAGGUCGCACCGCAGGUGUAUUGACCAACAGCUAUCAUGAGCGAAAGAUUCAGUCUCAAAUGUUGAUCAGUCGUCCAUUGAAGAAGAACAUGGUACUCACAGUAGAACCUGGCCUUUACUUUAAUCCGACUAGCAUUGCGAUGUGGACACAAAAACCAGGAUAUGCAAAGUACUUUAACAUGGACAUGAUUAACAAGUACAUGCCAGUCGGAGGAGUAAGAAUCGAAGACACUGUGGUAUUAACUGAAGAUGGGUAUGACAAUCUUACAAUUGCACCAAAGACAGUAAACGACAUUGAGGCUCUCAUGGCUUGUCGUGCCCAGUCUUAUAUGGAUUCCAUGCCCUGAUAACCUAUAUUUACGUUCUGUGACUCCUACAAUCAGCCUAUUUUUUAUAAUAAAAUACAAACCUUGUUUAGUUU